CCGAUUCAGACUAGGCAGCCAUGUCAGCCAAAGCCAUCUCUGAGCAGACGGGGAAGGAGUUCUUGUACAAGUAUAUCUGCACGUCCUCUGCCAUCCAGAACCGUUUCAAGUAUGCUCGAGUCACUCCAGACACUGACUGGGCACGACUCACCCAGGACCACCCUUGGCUUCUGAGCGAGCGUUUAGUGGUGAAGCCAGACCAGCUCAUAAAGAGACGUGGGAAGCUUGGACUGGUUGGAAUUAACCUCACUCUGGAUCAGGUGAAGGUUUGGCUCAAACAGCGUCUGGGCCGAGAAACCACGAUUGCUAAUGCUAAGGGAAUCCUAAAGAAUUUUCUGAUUGAACCCUUCGUGCCUCACAAACAGGAGGAAGAGUUCUAUGUGUGCAUAUAUGCUGCCCGUGAGGGAGACUACGUACUCUUCCACCAUGAAGGAGGUGUGGAUGUGGGAGAUGUUGAUGCCAAAGCUCAGAAGUUGCUUGUGGCAGUGGAUGAAAAGCUCAGUGAAUUGGAUGUAAAGAAACAUCUCCUGCAGCAUGCGCCAGCAAAUAAAAAGGA